AUGACUUCCAUUUUUCAGGAGACGUGCAUACAAGAUGACGCUCAACGGAUACUCCAAAGGAGAUACAUCACGCCUCGUAAGAGAAUCGCCGAUCGCCAGCCAUGCAGUAGUUUCUUAUCACAAUCUACCUCGAAAGAGGAUGGACAUGAUAACCUGUUUUCUUGGCUAGACUCAAGAAACCUCUCAUGGUUGUCUCCGGUGUCGACAGUCUCUACUGCAUCGUCUCUGGCGAGCGCCGAUUUCCUUUGGGAUUCGCCGAAGACGCCCUCUGGUCCGUCAGAUGAAGCCUCUUCACGCAGCAUCCUGACGCCCUUGACACCGCCUACAACUUUCGGAUCUUCCAAGAAAUUGCUCUUCACACCGAUUCCCCAACCUUCUUUCGUUCCUUCAUUUGCUCCAGCGGCGAAGCAGCCUCUUCUCGAAAAGAAGGAUGUAACACUACCAGACGACCCUUUCUUCCAACCAAAGUUAUUUCGAGGUUUCACGUUUGAUCUUGAAGCAAUCUCUGAGAAGAGCGUCGCGGGUGCUCGCGUGAAAUACGACUUCGACCCCUCGUUUAAUUUCGAUGACAACGCCGCUGUUAGCUCCCGCACGCGAUCUAAGACUGCCAAGAAAACACCAGUAACAUCAGCCAUACACGCCGCAUUCAACGGGGGAAAAACCCACAUCGAAGACUCUCGGCACCCUGACCCCACACCGUCACAAGUCGAACUCCGAACGCUAUUAGAACAUAUUGUACCUCUAGAUCUUCAUGCAAGACUUGGCAAAGAUUCAGGAAGGUGUUCCGGAUCUUUGGUAAAGGACCCAUCCGAUCGAUGCAAGUCCCGUUUGAAACAUGGCAACGUACUCGAAGAGGUACGCAUCGUUAUCCAGAAAUUGGCAAGAGCCAAGAGCCAGGAGCGUUACCGUGAUAUGUUUGAUCUUAUUGAGCAGCUCGUCAUAUUAGUCAUGUGCGGUGUGCACCGCAAUACCGCAUUAAGACAACCACAGAACAAGAAAAAACCCAACGCCAAGUCGAAACUUAUGGAAUUGGAUAGGAUGUUCACAAACCUCGGAGAUAUUGGAAAAGACCAGAACCACAUACUCAUGCAGUGGCUUCAUACAAUUUCCGACUCGCAUGCGUCUAUAGGCCAUAUCUCUUGGCUCUACACAACUGUGAUCGCUCCCAAGCCGAUUAGACAGCCCGAAUCUGCCACAGAGCUCAAGCCGGUCACAAAGUCCAAGCUUGGAGUGCCCACUCCGGCUACUGCGAUUCAAGCCUCAUCCUCAUCAAGCUUUCUGCCCUAUCAAUCGGAAAGGUCCAAGAAGACCUCAGUCUUCGACGCCGUUUACCAGAAAGCUACGGCUCCGCUGGGAGUGAUAGCCCAGAAGCGGGGUUUCGUAUACCUUUUCUGGGACAAGGAGUAUUUUGGCAUGGUCAAGAUUGGUUACACCAAAGAUCUUGCUAAGCGGCUUGAGAGCUGGAACCAACAAUGUGGUCGCGAGCAUAUAUACCACUCUAGUACGGAGUGCCAGGUCGAGAUACCACAUGCGCAUCGUGUAGAGCAGCUCGUACACGCUGAGCUGAAGGAGUACAGGAAAAGAAGACAAUGUGAAGGCUGCGGAACAAUGCACAAAGAGUGGUUUGACGUGGGACAGGCGCACGUAGUCAAGGUUCUGAGGAAGUGGCGGGAGUGGAUUUUACAAGAGCCUUAUGUGCAAGACAAGGAAUCGGGUGAGUGGGUGCUGAAGCCUGAAAUGCUCGAUGCUUUGGAGAGCACGUGUGAGCCGCUGCCUCGAGAGCACUUCACCCCUUCUUACGAUCCUGAAGUCUCUGCCAUGCUGCGCUUUGCUUACGCACAGCUCACCUAUGCCGCGUUAUUUGCGACAGCACUUUCUAGCCCUGUGGACCAUGACAGUUGUACUUCGUUACGACACAGUGCGGACUACGUUGUCAGCUCCAGUCGUGUAAACGUUGGCGAAGUUGCAGAAAUCUCAGCUGUGGCUGCUCAAAAUGUCACGGAGACAAACACAGCUUCCUUUUGCCGUGUUGUUGGACUCAUGCCAUACGGUCCAAAUCACACACUAAAUUUUGAAGUCUGGCUACCCGAAAAUGAAAACUACAAUGGGCGCUAUUUGUCUGUCGGCAAUGGCGGACUUGCAGGCGUGAUAGAUUACCAGGCAAUGGCCACGAAUCUCAACUCUGGCUUCGCUGUCGGAGGGUGUGACUCUGGACAUUUGGUGUCCGAGAACGGCCCUACCAAGCCAGGAGGCUAUGUUCCCUUCCUUCACUCAUAUGCCCAGACCACAGCGUGGAUCCGGGAUUCGAUCGCGAUGUUCACUGUACCAGCAAAAGCCAUCACAGCGACUUUCUUCCGAUACCAGCCACGGAAAUCUUACUUCUCAGGCUGUUCCACAGGUGGUGCUCAAGGGUAUGCACUGGCCCAGUACCAUCCCGAUCUCUUCGAUGGUAUUGUUGCAGGAUGCGCCGGCAACUGGUACACCCACCUCAUCCUUUCUUUCCUGUGGAACGGCCUUCAUGCACAGAAGCCUAGUGCAUUUCUGGCCCAGGACCUACUCACAUUUGCAAGGAACGCAGCACUGGAGAAGUGUGACAACAUUGAUGGCGUGGAAGACGGAGUGAUCGACGACCCAAGCAAGUGUGACUUUGAAAUUACAUCACUACUGUGCCGUCCUGGGCAGCCCCGAGUUGAGAAUAAUACGACGACAUGUCUGAACGAGACGCAGCUUGCCACUUUUGAGGCGUUCUACAAUGGGCCCGGGCCGGAUAUAUACCCCGGGUUUGCAAAGGGAUCGGAAUCCGAAUGGCUUAUGCAGGAAGAAAGCCUCUACACCGCGUAUGCAGUACCUAUAUUGCAGAACCUUGUCUUCAAGAACUUGAGCUAUGAUUACACCACUUUCGACUUUGAGAACGACGUCGAGAUUGUGGACAAGAUUGCAGGUCCUUUGAUCACUGCAAUAUCUCCAAGACUCGAUGCUUUCAGAGCUCGGGGUGGAAAACUUAUUGCAUCGCAAGGCUGGGCUGACCCUUUUAACGCGCCUACUUGGCCUAUCGAUCAGCACAACGAAGCGAAAGCUAUCUAUGGUGAGGCACAGCUCAAUGAUUUCUGGCGCUUGUUCAUGGUCCCGGGUGGCGGUCACUGCGGCCCUGCUGCUAGUUAUCCUCAGGUUCCUGGAAAGUACCACUCUCUCGAAGCACUCAUCCCAUGGGUAGAGGAUGGUAUAGCUCCUGAAUACGUUCUGGCUACGGAGCCUUCAGAUGGAAGUAACAGGACAAGGAGACUUUGCCCAUACCCACAGCAUGCAGAGCUGGAAGGCCAGAAUGCUGACCAAUACGAAGCAUAUACUUGUGUCGAUUAG